CGAAAUGUCCCAUAACGGAUUGAGGCUGAUCGAUUCCGCCGGGGCUCGAAACAUGGUAAUAUGUAGUACCAGGUUUCAGCAUAAGAACAUACACCAAGCUACAUGGCUGUCUCCAGAUCGAAAAACGAGAAACCAAAUCGAUCAUGUUGUGAUAGACGGAAGGCAUGCUUCAAGAAUUUUAGACGGACGCACACUCCGAGGACCAAACAUCGACUCGGACCACUACCCUUCAGGCAAACGGUGACAAUUUGCCAUAAAGUGUAAAUUGACAGGAGAAAAGAGUGCCACUACGAUGAGCAGUCUUGGUGAUGCAGUGGGUAUCAGUUCAGUUUUUGUUUACUUUCAGCAUUCGUUAGCUCGUACGAAAAAAGCCGAAUGGAUAGGAGAAAUACGGCGGCGAAAUGAUUAAAACUCCGCCUUUAUAACCACGCGGAGGGCAUCAAAAAUACCAGAGACGGAAAAUAAACAUUCUUUUUUAAAUUUUAACAAACAAAAUUAACAAGUUUUAAUCGUCGUAAAACAGUUUUAGCUAUACUCACGUAUUUGUGUUCCUAAUAAUAAAUUAAAAAUAAUAACAAUAAUUAAUAUUUGACUAAGAAGAAUAUUUCAAUUAAGAAUAAUGAUCCUUCAGGAAAACUCAAAAGCUGUAGCAGCGUGAUUUCCGUCGUAUCCUUUUCAGAGGUAGCGACACCCUAAUAAGAGGAAUAAGUCCCAAAAUUUUCAGGUCACAAUUUCUUGUAACCGGAAAGCGAAACCUAAAUCAAACGCGUUUUUUUAGUCAGCCUAUAGAUUCGUUAAAGCUUUUAGGAAUAUGUUUAGUCGAUGAAAAUAUUAAUGACUUAGAGGAGAGUUUUCCCACAUCCAAAAGUAAAUACAAAUGUAUAGGCUUACCAUAUCAGAACAAAAUUUUGUUAGUUCCAAUCCUACAUGGCUGCUUUUAAACAAACAUAACUAAAUGAAACAAUCGAAAACCAAACUGCAUGUACACAUAUAUAAGUUAUAUAAAACUCUUACUAACCUUUUUUAUCAACAUUUUUCAAGGGAAAUCCCGAAAAUGCAAAAUCGAGCAUUGAAGCACCUUAACUCAAAGGACGAACUGAUUCUACUCGAAGGUGAAAAACGAUGUGAAAAUUGUAAAAGGUUAGGGGACAAAAUUGAUCAAAAAUUCCAAGAACUAGAAGAUAGAAUGAAUCAUCAAAGUUAUCACACCUGUAAUCCCAAUACUAACCAAUGGCGCACCCUUUACUCACGUUGCCGUGCAUGUGACUUCUUCAUUGCCCCAAAUAGCACUUUCGCUGACUUAGCACACGCGCAAGCGAUCGGUAAUGGUCUGAUUAUGCAUACUUCGCAUAACUUCGCACAACUUCGCAUAAACUUCAAACUGUAAUUUCGUAUGUACUUUGUAUGUAUUUUGUAUGUAUUCCGAUACCCAGAAAUUAGCAGAACUUUUAUGAACUUAGCGAUCUGUUGAGUUUAGAUUUUGCUUCACAUUUUCUUAAGUAAAUAAUAAGCAAUAUUGGCCUACACGCGCAACUCAUCGAUUACGAAAUGCGGUUGGUGGUGGGAUCUGCAACGUAGACAUAAGUAAGUUAGACUAAGGGCCGGUUACUCAAUGUCUGGUUAACACUAAUCUCC